GUUUUAGGAGGCGGCAUACUGGUUACACUCUUGCAGUUUCAGAAUUUUCUGUUACCUUCUUUCUUUUGGAAUUGUCUUCAGGAUCCAUUUGUCAGCCACACAGGGAAUUCUUUAGGAAGACUGUGUAAUUGAACCUGAGGGUCCCUCUUGCGUAUUCUUGCCUGUUUUAGUUUCCAGCGGCCCUGGUUAAAAUCUACAAAAAGCCAACCCAGGGCCACAGGAUGGGAUCAGUGACAUUCCAGGAUGUGGCUGUGGACUUCACCCUGGAGGAGUGGCAGCUGCUGGGAUGUGCUCAGAGGAAGCUGUAUUGGGAUGUGAUGCUGGAGAACUUUAGAAACCUCAUCUCAGUGGGGUGUCCAGUCACCAAAACAAAAGUGAUCUUCAAGGUGGAGCAAGGACAAGAGCCAUGGAUGGUGGAGGGAGAGAACCCACGUUGGCGCUCUCCAGAAGUUAUCUGCUUACUUGAUGAUGAGCUAGAGGGACAGGAAGGAGAAGGAAGCAAAGACAAUUUUUUGAACCAAGGUAUGUUCACCUUCAAGAAAACACUGACCAACGAGACAGUCCAAAAUUGUAAUCUGAGUAUAAAUUUUAUUUCUUCAAGACAAAAACAACAUAAAUGUGAAUCAAAUGGAAAGUGUUUGCAACCUAACUUAUACUUUCUUAGUUAUAAUAAAAGUUAUAUCAGAGAAAACUCUUAUGAAUACAAGGAAUGUGGAAAAGCCUUCGAAAACAAGUUGUGUCUUAUUAGACAUGAAAAAAAGCACAGAAGGAAAAAAACCUUUGGGUGCAGUGAAUGUGGGAAAGGCUUCCAAAAGAAGUCUCGUCUCAUUAGACAUGAAAAAAAGCAUACAAGGAAAAAAAACACCUUUGAAUGCAGUGACUGUGGGAAAGCCUUUAACAGUAAGGGACACCUUGCAGCUCAUCAAAAAAUUCAUAGUGGAGAGAGACCCUUUGUGUGCAGUGAUUGUAGGAAAGCUUUUACGCAUAAAGCACAGCUCGUGGUCCAUCAGAGACUCCACACUGGAGAGAAGCCUUAUGAAUGUGGUCAAUGCGGGAAAUCAUUCACCUGGAACUCCUCCUUUACUCAGCAUGUGAAAUCGCACACACCCGAGAACUCAUUUGAAUGUAAGGAGUGUGUGAAAAGCUUCAAGUACAGUUCAUCCCUUUAUAAACACUCCAGAAUCCAUACAGGCGAGAAACCAUACCGAUGCAGAGAAUGUGGCAAAGCCUUUGCAGACUCAUCAGUGUUGGUCAUGCAUCAGAGAAUUCAUACAGGCGAGAAACCCCACGGGUGCACUGAAUGUGGCAAAGCCUUCAUCAAGAGAUCACAUCUCCUUAAACAUUACUCAACUCACAGCAGAGCAACAAAAUAAAUGCAACACAUGUGGGAAAUCUUUUAACUGGAAGACACAUCUCAUUCUCCAUCAAAGAAGUCAUAAAAACAAGGGAGCUUUGUAAAUGUGGGAAACUUAAAAUUAGCCUUUUACUGAAGCAGCAAAGAAUUCCUCAUGAGAAAAACCCUAUCAGUUGAAUAAAUGUGGAAAGGCAUGUUCUGAAAUUCAUGUUCUAUAAGUGAUAUUACUAAUUUUAUUGAAAAGAUAACAGAAAAUUUUGAGCUACAGACAACUUGACAGUAAAACUGAGGAAGUUGUGAAAAAAUUGAAUAAUUAAGGCAUCAGACUGACUAUAAUUGCAUGUGUACACUGCCCCUGAUUUAUGAUUUUUACACAAUUUAUACAAAUGUCUGCACUGCUUAAGAAAUUUGUAUAACCGUGGGUUUGAAAUAUAUGCUAUGCACAUUAUACAAAAUUAUAUCUGUUAUAAUGAUGGUUGCACAACAUUGUGAACGUACUUAAUGCCAAUGAAUUGCACACUUAAAAAUG